UGCGUCGCCCCGCCAGUCACUCGCCGCGACACUGCACAGACUGCCGGAUCUAAGUAGACUGACCGACCCUCCACCCUACCAACCCUCAGUCAAGGCCGAGUCCGAGCCUGGCAAGGAAUGUCUGCCCUGAGCACAUCGCAAGUGGGAUUGCAGCGCUCCCUGCCCCUGCGGCGGAACAUCGUACAGCUCUUCCAAGACAUUCUCACCUCCCCGCAAUUCUGGGAUGGACUCAAAGUCUUCGGUGUGGGCGCGGCCAUUGCAGGCAGCAAAUGGAUCGCCGAAUCGGCCUUGGCUGCAGUCAAGAGCUUGGUUCUGUCAAAGGCGGUAUUCCGGGGGGGAGAUGAAGCGUUCGACUGGGUGAUGCUUUACCUCACUCGGUACGGACAGUGGUCCCAUACAGCGCGAGAAGUUGAGAUUCUCUGUAGGCCCAAGCUCGGCGGAACGUCUCACGAUGAAGGAGGGGAAGAGGCAGGGGCCAAGGCGCUCAGUGUGGGAAAGGAUGGUCUCAAAGGAGUGCACUUCUACCCAGUCGAGUCAAGCUCGGUCCACUUCACCUUCGAAGGCGUCCACGUCUGGGCCUCGCGCUCCCGAACCCUCGUGGGCGAAGGAUUCGAAGAGUCUCUCACCCUCUCCUUUCUCACCUUCUCCUCCCGUACUAUCCGUCGCUUCCUGACCCAAGCCAAGGAGUCCUACGACACGCAUGAACGAGGUCGUGUGCAAGUCUUUACCACCGAUCGAUACUCCUACUGGGCGAAGAGCAAGAGUAUCACUCGACGAAUGGAGGACUCGGUGCAUCUUCCUCUGGGGAUGAAGGAGAGGUUAUUGAAGGAUGCGAGGGAUUUCUUUACAGAGGAGAUGCGGAUAUGGUAUGGUGAUCGGGGGAUUCCAUAUCGUCGCGGGUUCCUCUUUUGGGGUGUUCCAGGGAGCGGAAAGACGUCUCUUGCACACGUUGUGGCUAGCUCGCUAGAGCUACCCAUCUACCAGCUAAGUCUCAGCGGGCAUGGAAUGGACGAUGCAAAGCUCGUAGAGCUCAUGGGCUCUGUACCUCCGGGAUCCAUCGUGGUCCUCGAGGACGUGGAUGCUGCCUUUACCAAGCGUCCCGACUCCUCUUCCACUUCCACCGCAAAGCAAAACGAUGGACCCUCCUCCUCCGCGGGCAGCGCACCCUCAUCAAGCAUCUCCUUCUCCUCCCUCCUAAAUGCAAUCGACGGGAUAGGCGCUUGCGACUCUCGACUACUAAUCAUGACUACCAACCAUCGCGAGGCGCUGGAUGAAGCUCUGAUCCGACCGGGGAGGGUGGAUCUGCAGGUUCAGUUCAAGAAUGCCGAUAGGGAACAGGCAAGAGACCUCUUCCUGCGGUGGUUCCUGCCGGCACAUACCGCUGUGGGUCGACUGAAGGGGGAGGGUCAGCAUGGCAGGAUAGCAGGGGGAGGUCAGGUAGACAAGACGAGUACAGGGGACAAGCGAGGCGGAGCAAGCAUAGCGAGUCAAGAGCAGCACGCCACCUCGGAUGCAGAGCUGGGCAGCAGCGACGAAAAGAGCCUUGCGGGCCUCGCUACCUCAGCAGCAGCCACAUCGCCCUCAGCUCUUCAACCCUCGGCAGAAAAAUUCGCCUCGACCAUUCCAGAGGGACGCUUUUCGGUAGCUGCUCUGCAGGGGUACCUUCUCACUUGUGGUGGACUUUCGCCUACACAGGCUGCGGAGGGAGUGCAGGGAUGGGUACGGGAGCAGGAGCAAUGAGAGGGGUAGUGGUAGUAGUAGAGGGAGCAGUAGAGGACUUAUCCGCGGUAGGCGAUGGUGAUUACACAAUGUGUACUCAAUAAAAGACCUCCUCACUAGUCAAGCUGGUUUUGGUUCUUCUCAUGUAGCAUCUUCAGUCAUAGUCCCCAUCUGUUUAUAUUUACGUCUGUGUAUGUAUGCAUGUAUGUAUGUGCGAGCCUUGGCCGA